CUUUAACAAGAAAUUUUGUGAAGAUACGUUGUAGGUGAUACUGAACGUUUGUUUUUAUUUACAAUCUAAUUUACAAGGAAAAUACCUAUAUAUCUUCAUUAUUGGUUGUUAUCGAUUUACCAUUAGUUUGAUCAUAACAACAAUGCAACAACAGUCUUACAGCGUGGUAUGGUGUGUUAUCAUGUGCCUUGUGGAAAAUUCUUUCUGUGCACUGGCUGAAGGUUCACCUCCCCAGUUUGCUGUAAAAAAGCCUGAGUUCUCCGUCUGCGCACCGGAUUUUUCUGGACGCGUAGGAGCGACGGAUGCCGAUGGAGAUAAAAUUUUCUACAGUCUCGUUAGCAGCUCACCGUCAGCGCUCGACUACGUCGUAGAUGCCGGCACUGGCACUAUAAAAUCCUUCCGUCCGUUCAAUGCCAACGAAAAAUCCGUUUUCUCUGUGCAAGCUACCGACGCAACCGGACUUUCUUCGAUUAUAACGGUCACAGUUAUCUAUCAAGAAUGCGGGAGCCGUUUAGUUGAACCUGACCAACCGUCCUCCGCCGGAAGCGCCCGCUUUUUGGAGCCGUUCGCACCUCGCAAUGCAUCUAUUGGAGGGAUUGUUAACAUUUCUAGGAUAAUUGAACGUGAACCAUAGAAAUGUAUUACGAAAUUUUUACAAAAGUUUUCUUAUUUAACUUUGUACGUUGUAAUUAUUGCGUAAUGACACUGCGUAUG